CACCAAGUUGUCACUGGCAGUGUGCGCACUUCGCUGUCCUCGACCCACUCACAAUGCACCCACACACCCGCCACACGCCCCUUCUGUCUACCUGCCUGCCUGCCACACUACAAAGCUCUGCAUGUACACCGUGAGAUGACCGAACCAGUCAUACGACGCCGCCAAAAAAAGUGGCGUUUGUAUGUCCAUCGCCAUGCGCUUACAUGUGCACCACAUCGAGGACCCGACACAGCACUAUGCUGCAGCCAGGGAGACAGAGACGCGUCGAUUACACGACGAAUACACGUCGUGUACGGUCCGCCACUUUGAUGCGUGCAGACUUGACAAACAGAUCGGGUGUAUUCAUUGCCCCAUAUCACUCACCCCCAGCACACAAGGCACCCCAAUAGGAUGGAUACGGUACAGCUACUACGGUACACACGUCGACUACGACGCUUCUGCCACAUACAUCAUCAUCAGUCGUCACUGUUGGCCCCACCCGGUGGAUAGACGCCGCUGGACGGACCACAGCCGGCCUCGGCUGACGUUGACGCGGCCACGCUGUCGUUCUCAUCACUGCUCAGCCGAUGCCAAUCGACACGAAUGAGCUGGCAGGGGGGCGUCAGGGCGAUGGCAUCAAGAUCGCUCUGCAGCCGCGAUUGGGUCGAAUCGACGGGCGACGAUGCGCCGCUCAUCGGCACGUCCUCUGCUGCAUCGCCACGUGGCGUCUCCACCACAGUAGGUGCGAGGCUCGCAAGGACCUCCGGAAUGGCAUCCUGCAGGCAGCACAACAAACAGCACAGGUGAGUAUAAGCACAGACACAGACAAGCACUCUCUGACCGGUGGGCUGCCCGCCUCGAUGAGUGUCCGUUUGGCCUUGCGGAACGCUUCAUACAGCCCCCGCCAGCCGUCAGUGUGAUGCUGGUGGUCCGUCGGUGCCUCAGUGUCGGCCUUCUCGAGAUCAAUGCCGUCGACCAUCCGCCUGAGGGCCUGUUGCUGAUGCAUCUGCUCUCUCGUGACGAGUUCGUCCACCACAUGGCCCAGAUUGGCCUGCAGGUCGUGCAAUGUGAUGCCCGCAGACACGUCCGAGAGCUCUGGCUGGCCAUCUGGUCCAUCGCUGGACGGCUUGCCGGCCUCCAGUCGAGUCGACACUGCACAGAUCACGUCACAUCAUUGACCACAUGAGUUGGCAAGUUUGGUACGUAUCAUGAUCCGCGCGGCAAGCUGACCUUCGCUGGAUCGUUGCACGCGGAAUACAUUGGAGAGGUCGCUCGUCCGCAUGUGCCGCAAUUUCUGCCCGGCCAAAGAAACAACACCACGGACAUGGGCAGGUCCUCGCUUGUUUCCUUCUUUACGGUGGCGCUGCCGUCGUCGGGUUUAGGCAGGUGGACGACCACGUGGCUUUCUCGUCGGCUGCGCGUCUCCACCCGCUUCUGCCGCAGACUCUGCACCAGGAACGCUUGGCUCCACAGAAACUCAUGGCUGAUCCCCCGACAGACAGCAGAAGGCACCGACAACCCCGUCACUAUUCGCUGUACUGGUGGCAUAUGUAUGUGCCUACAAGUCGCUGGGCACAUUUGUGAGUUUGAGUUUCUCUAUGGCUUCCUGCACGGCGGCCGACGUCAGCUGCAUGGCCGCCACCACACGAUGCACCGGCCGGCCGAUAUAGGGAUGGCACCCCCCUGAUGAAUCAGAGGGGCCGUCGGCGGAGAGGGCUGCGUUGGACCAGUCAUAGAAGACCUUGGGCAAAACGCGCCUUCUGUCCUCCUCUCGGUGGAUGAGCCACGACACUAACGGCCCCGUCACACAACCGGAUAUCAAACGGGCUGAACAAACGAUACACGCAGCCAGGUACCAUAAACGUGAAAACUCUGUGCUCUUCUGGUGCCCACCGAUGGCCUUUUUGCGAUCCGUCAGUGCCGUGUAUCUGUAGCCAAUUUGCAGCAGACCAUGCCGACAGAUCUGCGCCCCCAAUGUCACAUAGUACGCCAGAUUGGCCCCAAUGACGACCACCACAAGGCUGAUCGUCAGCUCCAGUGAGCUCCCCUCGGGCAGCAUGACAACAAACUGCAUGACGAAUAGUGACAGCAGCCACACCAGCAGCCCAGGCAGCUCAGACCUAUUGAGGAUGUCCAUGCUACCACGGUCAAACGGCCACACGAUGAGUUGCAGCGCCAGACAGACAGUGGCGACCACAGUCCAGCCCAGCAGCUGCUGGCGGGGCUGCGCCGUCGCCUGUUGUGCGAUAAGGAGCACCAAGACGCGCCGCAUGGCCAGCACAAAGUCCCAAUAGAAGAAGCCCUUGCGAUACCCGACAUAGAGGAAGCCCACUCGCCGUCGAGUGUGGUGGUCCUGCAGGCUCUCUCUAUGCCGCCACAGAAACGUCACGCCCCACACCACAGGGGCCAGUGUCCACACCAACAGACCGGCCACAGCAAUCCACAGGAACGGGGCGUGCUCGGCCGAUCGGCAGAUGACAUGUGAGUCGAGGUCCAUUCGGGGCCGCAUGUCAUCCAUCGGGUCAGUUUGCAGCAGACUGACACUCUCGCCGAUCGCGAUACGGAUAACAUCGUCCACAUAGGGGUAAGGCCGGCAUCGCAGGAGGGCCAGCAUGUUCUUGGUGACCGUGGGAUGAAUAAGUGUGAGGAUGACAACCACCAUCCCUCCCCGCUUGUCGAGCCACUGCCGCCAUCGGCCACUCUUGCGGAGCUCCACCGACGAAUGCUGACAGGAGGCCGGCGUCACUGGCUCGGUUCGUGAGCCCUCCUGGAACGUGACCGAUCGCUGGUGAGGGCCGUGUGUGGCAGCGUUGUCUGCCUUGCCAUUUGUCAAAGACGAGGGCGCUGAGAGGGCUCGGAGGUAGGUGUCGGUGGCCAAUAAGGUCGACUCGUCGGACUCAAUGCGCCGCCUCGACUUGAAGGCACCACGCACUCGGCCAAAACCACUCGCUGCAGCAGCCAUGAUACGACAAGCCAGAAAUGAACACAAUGCAUUGUCUUGAAAAACAUGUGUAUGCGUGUUUGGUUACCGAUGAGGGGCACAGCAGUGAGCCAGAUGAGUGGCAGAAUAAGCCACAUGGCGUGUCGGUACAGCACGCACUUGUCGCCCACAUAUGGCCUCAGCAGACACUGAUACACCUGAUAGCUUUGCGCGACGCCACCGUCCCAGGCGAAGAAGCUGCCGAGCAGCGAGGAUAUUUGGUCGCCCCAGACGGACGACUCGUCAAACACGAGAAAUGCCAAACCACACACCUGCGGACACACACAGUGACAGCAAGGAGACGAUGCGGGGCGAGUGCACGUGUGUUUCUGCAUCUCUUAACGUACAGCGGUGAUGUGCGAGAGUCCAAUUUUGGUCAGUUGGGAGGGAACCUCAGCGCGCAGAGACGACGACGCUCUGAACACACGCACAGAGGCAACACGAAUAUCGAUCGACUCAAAGGCUUGCCGUGAGAGACGGACCUUUCCGCGAGUGCGGUGAGUAUGAAGAUUGCCAUUAGAGUGGCGAGAACGAGCAGCACAUUGACCAGCACGAUCUGCCAUGGCGGAGCACAUGGGGCGCACGGCUGCUGGGGCGUCUGACGCGAGAAGCCAGACGCAGACAAGGCAAAACGUAAAAAUGGCGGCUCUCAGAGGGAUGCAGUUGGCUCCUACCAAGCAUAUGUUGAGUCCAUCAGUUUUGUUAGUGCCUAUACAGGCCGACGGCAAUGGACACGGCAUCACUAUCGGCAACAGAGUCAACCUAGCGCCAUACCUGAGAGACACCAAACCUCACUCUAUUGCCUGUUCCCCAGUCGCCUUUCUCGCCUUUCCUUCCUACGUCGUCACUUCUCGUGUGGCGUUGUCGGGUGAACCAGCGGACUGCAGCUGGACAGUGAGCUGAAAGAAGCCCGGCAGCACGCUCGCAUUGUAGUUGACGGGAGCAGAGCAGUCCAAUCCCGGCAAACAGUCCUGGCAGAUCCAAGUGCUGCGACUUCCAUCGGCGCCGCCCUUGCGCACGCCGACAGACCCCGCUGUACAUGGCUCACACGGCUCCUCGCCGCGCUGAUGGCCGAGACGGCAAUAGCACGCAGGUGAGCCCUCGUCAGAACCUGCGCCAACAGUCUAAGUCGCAAGGGCUACUGUCAUGCGUUUCUUUCAUCUCUGACCUGCAUCAUCGGGACAUUCUUGGCACGUUUGUGUGCCAACUUGUCUGUUGCUGUAUGUGCCAGCUGGGCACUUGGUGCAGUUGAUGCCGACGCCAGCGUAUCCAGGCAGGCAGCGACAAAGGGCGUCCGACUCAAACGUGUAGUCGACCUGUGCGAGCAGUAAGCACAGUGAGUACAAUCAGUAUGUGUACUCGUUGUGUAUCUGACCAUACGCAAUCUGACCUCAAGUCUGUUGAAUGUGGAGCAAAAGUCCGUGCACUCGAACCGCUCCUCACCAUUGUCCAACGUCCGCACGACAUAUCCUGCACAAAGCGCAUGCAGUCACGCAAGAACGUGGACUAAACAACAGUGGGUAUCUGUUUUGCAUGUGCUAUGACGGGCGUCCUUCCCUACCCUGCGGGUCGGGCACCAACUGACGUUUUGCAGAUAUAUCUCGUCACCAACUGACGUUUUGAUGCGCACCGCUUGAUUGACGCAAAUCCUGACACUUCUAAACCACAUACAUACCCCACAGACACCGAUGAAGAAACACAUAUAUCGGCCAUAUAUAUAUAGGCUCUCUGCUCUUUUCUCUCACCACGAUGGGUGUAAGACUGACACACACCGGUGUCUGCUCACUUCUUAGGUCUGGGUUCUGUGUGAACCUCGCGUAGUCGGAUGAAAACAGCCUGGAGCCGCGUGCUUCCACUCUUCUCAGUGAGUUGUUGCGCAUGUCGACAUAGUGGACUCGUGAUCGAAAGGUCUCGAUGGCGGUGAUGUUGUUGUCCCUCAAAGAGAUUGAUCCUAAGUGCCGAAAUCCUAGCUCGAAAAAAAAUUCGCUGUCCGUCACCUACUCAUACGCACGAAAGAAAGCUGGGUGUGCGUUUGCCUGUCUAGGUAUAAGAUCGGUUACCAAUGGGGAUUGGUUAAGCACUCUAUGGGAGAAUGCCAAAAAGGCCUCGCAACGCAUCGCGCUUUGCAGACUGCAAUUCGAUGCAUCCAGCACCACCAGACUGUCACACACAGAAAGACACAGAGCAGGAAGCAAAUGCCAGAAAGACAGUGACACGCAGUCACUUGGUCUGCCAUUUAAGGGGCAUGAGGAACUCAGUCACGUCGACAUUGAUUGGGUUGUUUGAUACGUCCAACUCGUACAGACUGUCCCAUUCAGGCGGCUUCGACGACAACAGCAAAUCCAACGAACUCCCAUUUGCCCACUCUAUCGCCUCACACAUAUGUUCACACAAAGAACACAUACAACUUAUCCCCCUGCCUAUUUGCCUGCCUGCGUGUGUGCCUGUGUGUGUGCUUACCGUUGUACCCCGGUGUCAAGCAGACCCUUUCCGGUGUGGAACCCCUUUCCAGUGUGGAACCCCACUUGGGCCACUGGCUAAUGCGAUUGUUGGCGAGGCGUAGCUUCUCCAAGUUGGGCAUUGAGCGAAAGCCCUCCGGCAGGGUGGUCGAAAGGUUCUCGCUCAGAUCCAGAUGAACCAAUCUGAUAAGAUUUAAAGACAUACACACAGUGUCACGUUGAGACCAAGGAGGGUAUCCUCUGUUUCCAUCUCGCAUAUGGCCAUCACUGACGUUUGUGGUAUGCUGCCGGUGACUCCCGUGAUGAAAUUGUGACGAAGCCAGGUGCGCUCGAGGUUGGGGAAGACAGAAAGGUCAACGGACCUAUUCAGACGGUUGAAUGAGACGUCCAGCCUCCAAAGGCUCUCGUAUCCCGAGCCGCGAAUGCUGUGCUCCACCAAUCCGGUCAGUCUGACACUUCACAUGCCCAAACAUUAUGUGCGCCAGCGUUUAGCUCCCAUGCAGUGCACCGGUUGUAGAAUGCGAAAAUCGCAUUGAGGUUCUUUAAAGCCGAAAAGCCGACAGGCAGGUGACCCUCGAACUAAAACGUGGCGACAGUACACAUGCUGACAAGUACUUAUCACAUGCCGCUCUCCUCAUUACUGGUCAUACGGAAUUGUCGUCAACCCACAGUAUCCUGAGCGACGUGAGGUUGCUGAGCGGCUCAAGAGUACCGGUAAAGUUGUUGAGGUUCAAAUUCAGAAACUCGAGUGACUUCCACCCACUCCACGUAUUCGGCAGAGUACCGGACAUCUGCACAUACAAACACACAAAGCCACAAUAAUUCGUGUGGCGUUCCAUGCCAUACGUCGUUCUCCUGCCGUUUGGUUGUACCGAGUUGUUGUACACCGACAGCGUCGUGAGCGACGGGAGGUUACUGAGGGGCUCCAGUGUGCCGGAAAACUUGUUGUUGCUCAAGUCGAGAUACUCGACCGACUUCCAGCCACUCAGCGCGUCCGGGAGAGUGCCCGAGAGCUGUUUAUGAAACGCACACAGGAAGGAACACAUAUGCGUGCGGUGUCAUGUGUUAUUUAUCUGGGUGUAUACCUGGUUGCCAGACAGGUCCAGUCUGCGAAGCUUUGCCAGCUUCCCAAGUUCUGGUGGGAGAUGGCCACUCAAGCCCGACUCAUGCAUCUCGAGAACCGUCAGGUUCCCCGCAUUGCCUAGCGAAGCCGGCAGUGGACCAGAAAACUGACAGUAGAAAGAAAGCAAAUAGCCCUCAAAGUCACAUGUACGUUUGUGUUGUUUGUGUCCUGCGCACGUUGUUCCGUGACAUAUCUAGCUCCACUAGUUUGUCCAUCUUGGCACCCAGCCCGUCCGGCAGCGAGCCCGAGAAUCGAUUGUCCCUCAGAUUCAGGAUGCGCAGCUGGCUCAGUUGCACCAGUGACUGAGGAAGCUCCCCACUGAACGAAUUGUUCCGCAGGCCCAGCAUCUGCAAGCGAGAGAGGGCGCCGAGAUCGUCAGGGAGAGGGCCAACGGUUGACUCGAGACCCAGUCGAAUCAGGUUGCGGCAAGACGUCACACUAGCCGGAAAGGGACCCUCCAUCUGCUUGUUUCCCCAGAUGUCCAGGAUCCGCAGGCGCCGAAGUCUGCCGAUGUCUUGAGGGAUGGGUCCUGAAAGAUCGGUUUCCACAAGCCAGAGAGCCUCAAGGCGCGAGCAGUUGGUGAGGGAGGGCGGGAUGAAGCCGUUUGUUGAACUCAUGAGCCCGAGGUACAGGCCCUUGAGGUAAGGCAGCUCGCCAAUUGUAGCUGGAAUGGGCACCUUCAUGCCGUCCUGACAUGAUAAACAGCAUUACAACAAGAAUGUGCGUAAAUCAAUUUGCACAUCAGAUGCAACUCACCACUCUAGCCAGCCCGAUAGCGCGAAGAGAUCUCACUUUGGCGAUCUCAUCACCCAAGCUUCCCUGCAUUGGCAGAUUCCAGGCCAGGAGGCAGACCACAUGACGCAGCCGAUAAAACGCCUCCAAGAAGACGAAAGGCGCCCCCCCCCCGCUGUGCCAAUACAGCCGGUACAUCCGAUACGUCCCCAUCCUCGGCAUCCCCUGUCAGUAAGAUGAUAUAGCCCUCCCGCGGGCCGCCGUCCGCCAGCGCCUCACUCAGCCGCACACACGUGAUGAAGGACACGACACACAGGUUGUCCUCAAAGACGGACUUGGUGUCGUUCACCAAUCCGGCCUCGUCAGACCACUCGAACAGAGCCGCCGCAUCCUCCUGACACGAAUCGCACCGCUCCAGCUCCUCCAUCUCGGUAUACGGAAGGAUGUUGUCGCCUCGCCGCACUUGGCCAUCUGAGAGUUCUACGUCAGCCGGACGGAAGAAAAUAGAGAGUUGCAGGAGCUUCAGCCGCCUCGGGUCACGCCAGCCCGGAGGGAGGGCAGGGGACGGAGGAGCUGUCUCGUUGGCGGGCUGGAGGAUCCUCUUGAGGGGCGAGCAAGCCACGAGCGACGACGAGAUGGCAAGAAGGACAGCGCAUAGAGGAAUCACCAUCGGAUAUUCAUCGACUCAUCCCUUCGCAUCGAUGAGGUGCGAUGAGGCAGCGCCCUUGUGAACCUCUCGAGUGCUGAUCUGUUGCGGGAGCUGACGUGGCGCCACGCCGCUGCGGCUGCACCGCCACAAAAACGACAACAGGCUGCAUCAACGACACACAGUGUCACGACACACAGGACGAGAGGACGAUGAAGAUCCAUCUGCUUUCUAUCCUUUUGGUGGUGCUUCACUUCACUCACGACUUGGCUGAAGCGCAGCGUGUGGAUUCC